AACCUUGAACGAACAAUAUCCUGAAACCUCGCAACACGGCCGCAGCUCAACAUCUGAUAACAUAUCAGUGUUAUUUAUGCACAACAGACGAACGGAAUUAUGUAGCCUCAAAUAACUAACUCAUCGUACAUAUCCACCUAGUCAUUAGGUACUUACUUUCACAAUGCUGAUUCUUUUGUGAGUGAAAAUGCAGUUUUGCAUCUCUACUUCUGUGCUGUGCCUUCUUCUUGUGCUGGUGGCCGGGCAGACGCACCAUGAAGAGGAGUGUUUCGUGCCGGAUUGCUACGGCGAGGAGUACACCUGCGUGAAAGAGAGGUGUUACUGUGCGAAUGGAUUUGUCCUGAGCCCCUUCCGAACGAGCUGCAUAAGAUGUCCAGGUCUCGGCGAGCAGUGCCACUCGCGCUGCUGCAGCUGGCCCGGGGAGGAGAGCCUGCAGUGCUUCCAGGGCACCUGCCAGCAGUGCUACGACCACCGCGGACACUGGAUAUGCAGAGACAGCGUGGACAGCAUGAUCAUCAUCACGGUGCCGCAGAUCGCGGUGGGCGUGGCCAUCAUCCUCGGCGUGGUCGUCACGCUGCUGCUGCUCACCAAGCUGUGCUCCGUGCAGAACGCCAGGAGGCCAGAUGACCUCAACAGUCGUCUAUCUAUUGGAAGCCUACAGCUACGGGUUGAUGAGAGACUGCGGGAUGCUCCUCCCAGAUACACGCGAACCCCACCCCCGGGAGUCACCGUGGUGCCUUACUUCGUAAAUGCUGGUUUUAUUCACGACAGCAGCAUACCACCGCCAUUGUAUUCUGAAGUUGCAGCAAAUAAAAACGAUAUCACUACUAAUCCUGCAGUUCAUAUAUGAGAAGUAUCUGGAUCUGUUAAUAGACUAUAUCAGAAUGAGCUUUGCAGUAGGUACCUAAAAGUUCGAUAAAAAUACUGAUAUUUUUUUAUAUUCUUCAUUUAAAAAGUUUGUUUAAAGAUGAUGAUGAAAGUGUAGGAAAUAUCUUUCCCACUGCUACUUAAAGAUCUUUUUAUUUUUGUACUUAGUUAAGUUUAACUGUAACACAACUGGGCUGUAAUUAAUAAAGAAGUCAUACCUAACCACAAAAAAAAAUAAACUGAUUUAUGUA